AAUUGUUGCCGCCUGGAGUGUGGAGUAAAAUUGUGUUUGUUAUGUGUUAUUGCCUUUAAACAUUACUUCAGUUUGAAUAUCUUAUAGACAAAGAGAUAUACUGUUAUGGGCACAUAUCACCCCUUCUGAUUUAUCCGGACACCACUUGGUAGCCGACAAUCAUCAACUGAACCAACCAACAAAAUGAUGGAACAUGUUCGUGAAUUGAGGAUUGUGAUGGUGGGCAAAACUGGGUCUGGAAAGAGUGCUUCAGCCAACACCAUCCUUGGGCAGGAAACCUUCAAAGUGGAGCUGUCACCACAGUCUGUGACUGAAACCUGCGCACAAGAGUCUGGAAAAGUGUCCGGCAUAAGAGUGAAAGUGGUGGACACACCAGGACUCUUUGGCACAGACACGGUGUCCGAUGUGGUGAAAAGGCAAAUAGAGAAAUGUGUCGAUAUGACCUCUCCUGGGCCUCACGCCUUCCUGCUGGUGAUCAGACUGGGGGUUAGGUUCACCGAUGAGGGAAAGAAUGCAGUAAUGUGGAUCAAAGAAAACUUUGGGGCCAGAGCUUUGAAGUACACUAUAGUCUUGUUUACCUAUGGAGAUAUACUAAAGGGAAAAUCGAUAGAUCCUUUCCUCAGUAAAAGUCCCAAUAUUCAGUCCCUCCUUAAUUCUUGUGAGAAAAGAUACCACACGUUUAACAAUAAAGAGAAAAAUGACGAGAGUCAGGUUACUUCUCUUCUGGAGAAGAUCCAGGCCAUGGUGAAGGAGAACAGGGGAGAAUAUUACACCAACAAGAUGUAUCAGGAUGCUCAAGAGAAGCUUAGAGAGGAGGUCAGCGAGGAGAGAGAGAAAAGACAAGAAGCAGAGAGGAAGAGAGACGAGGCAGAGAAAAAAGCCAAGGAGGAGAGGAAACAGGCUAAAAAGGAAAGAGAAAAUGCAGAAUGUCAAAAGAAAGAGAAAAUUUGCAUCAAAAGGAAGGCAGAGGAGGAGAUUAGUGAUGUGAAAAAGAAGCUGAAGGGGGAAGUGUCUGAGCUGAAAACUGCCUCUAAGUGGGGUGGGUUAGCAGGACUCUGUUUACUCACAGGAGGGCUGGUAAUAGGAGCUGCUGGGGCAGCUGUGGCGGCAGGGGCAGCUGUGGCCGGUGCUGGGGCAGCAACACUGGCAGGAGCAGCCAUGUUGGGGGUGAAAGCUGGAGCGGUGGACAGAGACAUGACCGAGACUGCUAUGAAAACAGAGAUGUGGAAGGAGAACAAGUAGUGUCAAAGUGUUUUGUCAUAACUGUCUCCAGAUGUAUACGUAUAUGUAAGGGAUAACGGCCGCCGAGGUGUCCUGUUAUAUGGAAUUAAUGGACGAGGGCGUGGGGCAAAAAACUCCCCGACACACAGCCCGAGUCCAUUAAUUCUGUAUAACAGGACACACCUCGAAGGCCGUUAUCCCGCUUAUUACCCGGUUGCCACUGUAAAGCCAUGCCUUUAUAGCAGCGAUAUAACAGCGAUAGCGUGGACAGUCAACUUGUUUACAGUUGAUUCCAUUGUUGCAAAGCCUGCCUCCAGGCUCAACCAUCGUCCUACUCUGGUUG